AUGACGGGACCUGUACAAGUUGUCUUCCUCAAAAGCACGUGCAGGAAGAGGGAAAGACGAGACAGCCCUCCUGGCCUUAUGUCAGUCCCUGUAGAUGCAUUAUCGUCUUACAAAGGUUAUGAAUACAGCCGGAGCGGAAACCCUACCCGGGACUGCCUGGAGAAGGCUGUGGCAGUGCUAGAUGGAGCUAAAUACUGUUUAGCGUAUGCUUCUGGCUUAGCUGCCACUUUGAAUAUUACUCACCUAUUAAAGGCAGGGGAUACGAUUAUCUGCAUGGAUGAUGUCUAUGGAGGCACAAACAGAUACUUCAGGAAAGUAGCCAUGAAAAUGGGUUUGAACGUAGUUUUUGUUGACUGCACAAAACCAGAGUGCCUGGAAGCCGCAAUUACACCAGCCACCAAGCUGGUUUGGAUUGAAACGCCCACAAACCCCACGCUGAAGGUCAUUGACAUCCAGGCCUGCGCAGCUGUGGUCCAUAAGCAUAAAGAUGUUCUUCUCGUGGUGGACAACACUUUCAUGUCUGCCUAUUUCCAGCGUCCUUUAGCUCUGGGGGCUGAUAUUUGUAUGUAUUCUGCAACCAAGUACAUGAACGGGCAUAGUGAUGUUGUAAUGGGACUUGUUUCAGUAAACUGUGAUGACCUCUACGAAAGGCUCAAAUUCUUACAGAACUCUCUUGGAGCUGUCCCGUCUCCCUUUGACUGUUACAUGUGCAAUCGUGGUCUGAAGACUCUGCAGGUCCGGAUGAAACAACAUUUCCACAACGCGUUAGCUGUCGCUCGAUUUCUCGAGUCGGAUUCCCGUGUGGAGAAAGUCAUUUUCCCCGGUUUGCCUUCACACCCUCAGCACGAGUUGGUCAAGCGGCAGUGCACUGGCUGUCCUGGGAUGAUAACCUUUUACGUUAAAGGAAAUCUCAAACAUGCUGCUACUUUUCUCAAGAAUUUAAAGGUUUUCACACUGGCCGAGAGUCUGGGAGGAUAUGAAAGCCUAGCAGAGCAUCCGGCCAUCAUGACUCACGCUUCGGUGCCUAAAGAAGACAGAGAAGCUCUUGGAAUCAGUGAUACAUUAAUUCGCCUGUCAGUUGGUUUGGAAGAUGAAGAAGAUUUACUGGAAGACAUCGACCAAGCUCUGAAAGCUGCGGGAUUAGUCAUAUCUGAAAAAUAUAAAGUACGGGUACUUGAAUUGAACCGGUACAUCAGUCUGAUGGAUCUCCUUUGGAAGCUACAGACUUGCCGUUUGACGUGCCAGUAUUUCAUGGCAGAAUACACUGUGUUGUACCGUACUCUGUAUUUAUCACGCUGCGGCUUAUCAAAGGUGUUGCCGAUGUCUUUGGUUUCUGCAGUUGUGGAUAACUUGCUCGGCAUCUUGAGCACUGAUGAACGUAAAAGGAAUUCUUUCCCUUGGACACAUAGAGAAGAGCAGAAACAGACCAGUUCCAGCCACAAGGCAUGUUCGGACCCGCAGCCUGAAGUCUUUGGGAGAUUUGGCAUGGCGAUAAUACCCUUUUACGAUCAUCGCUUCCACGAAAUAACAACUGCAGGAAAGAACACGAGCUUCAUCUCAUCAAACCCCGUCGCCUGCAAUCUCCCCGCACAUCGUGUGCUCUCAUUUACCUCUCCGCCAGCGCAGCCGCCGCGGCAGAGCAUCCUUUCUGCCUUUGAGGCUUGA